UAAUUGCGUACCAAACGCAGUAUCUUCAUCUGCCAAAGAAACCCACCGGGAGAAAAAUUAUUUUCUUUUUUCUCAUUAGGGUUCUCCUCAUCAGAACAGAUUAUGGCUAUUACUUCGAUCUCGACGAAUUGGUCAUCUCUUUUCCGCUUCUCAAACCACUCGAAACAUUCACUCUCUUUAGCCCAAAGUACCAUUUCUUUACGGUUUUCACGAUCCAGUCUCAGCUGCGGAAAACCCCUUUCAAUUCGAGCAACCGCUGUUCCAGCGGCGCCUACAGCGGAGGGGUUGGAACCGGCUAUUACGUUGACGGAUAAUGCUUUGAGGCAUUUGAAUAAGAUGAGAGCAGAGCGUGAUGAGGAUUUGUGCUUAAGAAUUGGGGUUAAGCAAGGUGGGUGUUCGGGCAUGUCUUAUACGAUGGAUUUUGAGAAGAGGUCUAAUGCUAGAGCCGAUGACUCUAUCAUUGAAUAUAACGGAUUUACGAUCGUGUGUGAUCCAAAAAGCCUUCUCUUUUUAUUUGGAAUGCAGUUAGACUACAGUGAUGCUCUUAUUGGUGGAGGUUUCUCUUUCAGGAACCCCAAUGCUACCCAGACAUGCGGUUGUGGUAAAUCGUUUACGGCAGAAAUGUGAAAUCAUAUGUACAAAGACAGUCUAUCCGUUUCAUGUAAUGCAACAUACAAAUUAUGCCUGUAAAUCUUUCAUGUUUAACUGACUUUAUAUUUCUAGCACCUUUCAUACCUUCUUUUCUCUUUUAGAAGGAAUAUAUAUUUGUUCGAAGGCCAGACACUGAUAUUGGUCUUCUUCAUGCUUA